GUGAUCAUCGCAGCCUCGAGGAGGAGGAGGCAGAGCGGCACGCUUCUCCGGUCGCGCCAAAGGUGGCCUCUCCUCGGCGCCAUCCUCAGCCUCGCGAUCCUCAUUGUCCCGCUCCCCUGCUCGCCUCCUCCUCCUCCCGCACUGUCCGCCCCCAUCUUUCCUCUUGCAGCGUCGCCUUUGUACGCAGCGGCGGCGGCAGCAGGCAGCAGCUUCGAUGGAUGGAGUGUUCCUGCCAGCCUCGCAUGUUCCGCUAUGGUGGGUGCCAUCCUUGCGGGGAUUUCAGGGGGACAUACGCACGCACGCACACGACCUAAUUGCAAGAUCGGGAUGGCUUUGCAUCACGAGCCUGGUUUCUGAUUUGCAGCGCAGCUGAACUCCCACAUCCGGCUCGUCCUCGCUCUCAGCCUCUCCGAUGGGCUCGCCAGUAUCGUUUGUUUUAUCCAGAAUGGCCGCUUGCGGAGGCACCACAAAAAAUAGGCUCACAGUAAAUAAGCACGUCUGGGACUUCCUGACCAAGGAGAGCCCAGCCAAGCUGGUCAAGCUGAAGGAGGAGAACAAGGUCAGCAUCCUGAUCGAUGGCGAGACCUCUGAGAUCUAUGUGCUGCAGAUCACCAUGCCGGCCCACGGGCCAAGCAAUGGCCUCUACCUGGCCCGCAAGGCCCUCAAGGCACUGCUCAAGGAGACGGAGAAGGAGCUGAAGAAGGCCCAGCGCCAGAGUGAGCUGAUGGGCUGCAUGGCCUUGAUGGAGAAGAACCGGGAGCACGGGACAGUGGAGCUCCACCGCCGUGGGGCUGCCUUGAUCUCUAGGGGGCAGCAGACCUCUGGGCCAAGAGUGGUUGGUGGCAGUGGAGGGAUGGCCAGCUGCUCACGGGGAGGCAGCGGUGGUGGAGGUGGGGAGGAGGAGCAGGACAGCCAGUGCCCCAUCUGUCUGGGAGAGAUCCAGAACAUUAAGACUCUGGAAAAAUGCAAGCACUCCUUCUGUGAGGACUGCAUCACACGGGCCUUGCAGGUCAAGAAAGCCUGCCCCAUGUGUGGGCGCUUCUAUGGGCAGCUGGUGGGCAACCAGCCGGAGAAUGGGCGCAUGCUGGUCUCCAAGGACUCAAGCCUGCUGCUCCCUGGUUAUGAGAAAUACGGCACCAUCAUAAUCCAGUACGUCUUCCCACCUGGCAUACAAGGGAUGGAGCAUCCCAAUCCCGGAGUCCGCUACCCAGGCACCACCCGGGUGGCCUACCUUCCUGAUUGCCCCGAAGGCAACAAGGUGCUGGCACUGUUCCGCAAGGCCUUUGACCAACGUCUCACCUUCACCAUCGGCACCUCCAUGACCACCGGCCGGGCCAACGUCAUCACCUGGAAUGACAUCCACCACAAAACCAACUGCACUGGAGGGCCACAGCUAUUUGGCUAUCCUGAUCCUACCUACCUUGCUCGAGUGCAAGAGGAACUACGGGCCAAGGGUAUCGCCAAUGACUGAUCCGGCUUCCUGGCUGCCCACAUGCCCAGGAAUGGCACGUUGUUUCUGCUGAGCCCAGCCAUUGUGGAGGGAGCUUCCUUGUGUGUUGGAGCCGUCUGUCUUGCAAUGGGACCUUGAUCCAGAGUGCAGAGCCUGGGCCCUCAGGCUGGGAUGACAUUUCCAAUGGAACUGCUUGCCUGAAAGAAGGGCAUGUGGAAGCAGAGGCAUGUGGAAAGCUCUGUGUGUGUGUGUGUGCGUGUGUGAGAGAGGGAGAGGGAGAGAGAGAAUGAGAAUUAGAGAUAUGCAUUUAAACUGAUUGGUUUGAGCUUUUGCACCCAAUCUACUCAUCAUACAGAAAGAGUUGUUAAGCUUGGGGCUGUACCACAUCAAAACUGCUUGUGGGGAAGAAGUAUAAUUUUGAAUGAUGGACUGUGCUUUUUCCCCCUUUUUUAAAAAAGAUAGCAGCUCCUUCAUGUGAGAAACAAGAGAGAGGUCCACUAAAUCGUUCUCCCUCAUUUGCUAGGCUGCUUCAUGCAGGGAGGUGUUUUUAGCUUUUGUUCUAUAUGGGGGAGCAUUCAAAAAUAAGGCCACCUCCACCUGCAGUCUGAAGAAACACAGUCCAGAAUCCUAUGUAAUAGCAAGUUGGCUCUUGGGGUCAGAAAUAGAUAAGAUGAUGGGGGCAGCCAUGGGUUGCUUGUUAACAUGCCUGUUCCAUUCGCAUCUCAAGAAUGGGGUGGGGUGUUUUUUGACAUAAAAAGGGGGAUGCCAACUUUCCUCCCCUCCCCAUACUCAGGCAUCUGUCUCUCAACCAGGGCAUCUUCUGAGAACAGAGCCAGGUUGGGAGAUGGUGGAGAUAAGCUACACAUCUUGGGAGGAUUCUGUGCCCCUCACCUGGAUGCCCCCUUUGAUGAAAAAGUUAGGUCCCUCCAUUUGUGCUUCUAUUGCAUGGGCCUCUGUCGGAUGGGGAUAGGUGAGAUUAAAACUGCCAGUCUUUAGGGAAGGCACACGGGACACUGGUGUGAGUGGGAAAUCAUGUUGUAAAAAACUGGGCAAGGAGUGUUGCCUGAGAGAAAUCAGCAACUUGCCUGGGGUUUCUACGGCAGAGGAUUUAAAAUUGAGGUCUUCUAGCUGAGUGUCCAUUUUCUAUGACCACAGUGGAUCUCUUGAACGUGAGAGUUCAUAAUCUGCCUAUAAGGAUGCCAAAAGUAGGCUGAAACCCAACGUGUAUCUUUAUUCUGUUCUUUGCCCUCUAGCCCUUCUCACAGAGUUCUAAAACACUUUGGGAACUGGACUAUUGCAAGCAGAAUAAAAUCAAGCAAAGCACACUUGCAGAAUUGGUAUCAUUUGGGCACAGAAGGCACAGUGGCAGGUUUUGGCUGAAAGCAGAGUGCAAUGGGACAGCUGCAUGGAUUUCUGUGGGGAACAGUGAUGGAAUGGGGACAGGAGAGUGAAGCAUGUGGCAGCACUUGGACCUUUGUACGCAGUCGUGUCCCUUGUUCUCUGCAACCCUCCAUGCUGGUCACUUAAGCUGCCCAGCCAUCUGAGAACCUAUCCACUCCCGUAAGGCCAAUCUCCAGGAUCAGCAUCAAAACAACUUGGUAGAACUUUCUGGAAUUGUUGGACUGUCCCUUGGCAUCGGCUAGGCAGGCAGUGGCUUGUUGACUCUGGUCACCAAACAACGCACUCAAUCACCUUCUCUGGCAAGGAUGGUUGGCGAUCCCAUGGACCACAUCUCAGAUGAAUUCUAAUAUUCGGUUUGUCUCAUGCUGGUAAGAGCUCCCCUUGGAUGCAGUUUGGACAACGGGGCUUUCUUCACUGUUUUAAAAAGAGUAACUGAAAAUAUGACUCUUUCUUCUGAUCUUUUCGGAAAGUAUGUGUGGCAGGGAUGUGUGUGUUGGUUGGUUUUUGUUUUAAUUUUGAUGUGGGUGGGAUAGUGGUAUCUGGGGAUUUCCAUGUCGGACUUACAAAUCAGUCCAUAGAAGUUCUUCACCCACAACAAUUUUUAUUACUCCCUCGUUAUGGUCAUGCUUAUGGUCAUAUGGUCAUUACAUUUAUAUGCUGCCUUUUGGCCAGUGUACUGAAGAUGGCCUGUGAUUUAAAAUGUUGUCAUACCACAGAAUGGACACAGUAAACAAUGGAAAGGGGAGGGAGAUUACUUAAUAAUGGGAACAGUCAUUGAGGAAAGAGUUCUAGGAGAGGCGGAGCUGAACUGCAGUCUAGCCAAGCCAAGCCAAUGGAGUAGAUCUCUCUUAUUUCUGGUCUAUCUGCCAUUUACCAAAAGGGAAGAACUGCUUCUCUUCAAGAUUAAAAAAGUGUUUCUGGAUUGGUUACCUGGAGCUGAUUCUUCCUUUCCACAGGUGACCAAGUAAGUGGUUAUAUAUAAGCCAGUUUUGAGAUAGAUACUGUAUUUUAUUCGACUGAGAUUUUGUGGGAGAAUUCUUAAAGGUACUGUAGUGCCCUUUCAAUCACGGUUCCCUUUUAUCUCGGAGCUCUGUUUUUAUUUGUGUUGCCUUUCUGCCUAACAGGUCCCCGGUUUGUUUAUCUGCACAAUAAGAGGCAUCUCUUGGAAUUGAAGGGACAAGACUUGCUGACACACAACACAGCCAAGACGUGUGUCCAGAAUAAAAGGGACCAGCCUGAAGAAUUGUGGGCAGGGGGGAAUCAAAGGGAAAUUUAUUCCAUCUUUGUUGUUUUGUAGUGUUUGAAAAUCUGAGACAUCUUGCUUCAGAUAUUCUUUUCCUUUUAGUCACCAUCAAGAUUUUUUUUUGCUUUUAAAGAAAACAAAUGCAUGCAAGGUUACAGUUGUGCACUGACUUUCCUGGGAAUAUAAGCCUCACUGAACCCAAUGGGACUAAAUUCUGAAUUGACAUAUACUGUAUGAUGCCAACCGUACAUGCAUAAAGCCUCAGUGAAAUUUGA